CUUCAACUAACAAAUUUCUCAAUUAAAAACAUUGAACCCUUCGUUUAUAUAACAGAAAAAGCUAAUAAAUUAAAAUAAAAAAAUCAGAGACCAAAAGAAGUUUCGACUUGUUCAACAAUUGAGUUAUUCAGAGUACGUUUGAUUGAGAAGCUUCAACGACCGCAAGAAACAAAUUUGCCCAAAUUCAUCAAUUGGAGUUUUUUUUUUUUUUUUUUUAACAAAUUGCUCUUUAGGGUUGUUGUUGUUUAUCUGUCUGUAAUCAUCUUUCUAUCUGCUGUCUGAUACAGCUACUAAUCUUAUGCUGUCUUUUGGGUUUUCUUGCAUAAAACAAAACCAAAACCUAGUUUGUUUUGACUUCAUUUGAAGCAAACCUCUUUCUUUCUUCAGUGAUGUGGGUUUUGGAGCUAGACUCGAAUCAGUUCUGAUCCAGUCGGAUUUUGUAUUUUUUUUUUGUUGUGGAUUAAGUCAUAAAGGAGGGAUUUUUGGGGGUUGUGAGUGAUAUGAAGAAGCGGGAAAUUUUGGGAUUAGGGUUCGAGUGGCAGGUUAUCUUCUGGUUAUCGAUUUGGUUGGCGAUUUCGCAACAAGCGUUGGGAUUGAGACCCAUAAGGGAGAAAACUCGAUCAUGGAGUGACGAGUGGCUCUUUGGUAGGAAACAAGAAGCUGAAGUAGGACCGUUUUCGGCAUGGAAUAUAACAGGAACGUAUAGAGGAACUUGGAAGUUUCUGAAUUCUGUCAAUAGUUCUUCGAAGUUUCAAGACUUUCAAAAAGAAAAUGGUAAUUCUGUGGUUGAGUUAGUGGCAGUUCCAACAAAGAUAACCGGUGUGCAUUAUGUUCAGGGUGUAGUUGUUUUCCAUGACGUAUUUGACAAUGAACAAAAUGUGGGUGGUGCCCAAAUAAAUCUGGAAGGUGUAUAUAUAUGGCCCUUUAGACAACUCCGCCUUGUGGCUAACAGCGGCAAGGAGAGUGAUUCAGGGCAGGAAGACAAUAAUCUUCUCUCAAAUCCCUAUCAUCUGCUUGGAAUUUUCUCCUCUCAAGUGUUUCAAGAAUCUCCAAGAGACAGAUUACUGAAACGGAAACUUUCUCCAGUAAAUGAAAUGGAGAAGCACUGUAACAUCGAAAUAGCAGCUCAAGUAUCCCGUGUGGCUUCUAGUGAAAAUAGUAUGCAUUCUAACUUUAAGGAUCGAGAUGGAGACAAAAAUUAUUAUUACAUGGAAGGAUUGAUGGAAAGUCCUGGGGUAGGCGCUGACGGAGAUUGUUUUUCCCCUUUGUUUCUGAAUGCAACUUCUGUAAAUGUCGAAGUCUACUAUAACAAAGCUGUGAACUAUACACUGAUGGUCACUUUUGUCUCUUUCCUCCAGGUUCUUUUGUUGAUCCGGCAAAUGGAGCACGGUAACACACAAUCGGGUGCUGCUAAGGUAUCCAUUGUAAUGAUUGGGCAACAAGCGAUCAUGGAUGCUUAUUUGUGCCUCUUACAUCUCACAGCCGGUAUAUUAGUCGAAUCUCUGUUUAAUGCAUUUGCAACCGCUGCGUUCUUCAAAUUCGUAGUCUUUUCGAUUUUUGAGAUGAGAUAUCUUCUGGCUAUAUGGAAAGCAACCCGUCCUUCCAAUAGCGGAGAGGGUUGGGAAACAAUGAGGCGAGAGCUUUCCUUUCUGUACAGCCGUUUCUAUGGGCUCCUUCUUGGAGGCAUUUUGAUAAUGUACCAGUUCCACAACUACAUGCAGCCGAUUCUCCUUCUCAUGUACUCAUUUUGGAUACCACAAAUAGUCGCCAAUGUCGUCCGGGAUUCAAGAAAGCCUCUGCAUCCGUAUUAUAUCUUGGGCAUGACAGCUACACGGUUAGCUAUACCAUUAUAUGUCUUUGGAUGCCCACACAACUUCAUGCGUGUAGAGCCCAACAAGGUCUGGUGUAUAUGCUUGUGCACAUCCAUGGGGUUGCAAGCUGUCAUUCUUCUUCUUCAGCAUUAUUUUGGUUCACGCUGCUUUGUUCCCCGUCAGAUGCUACCAGAGAAAUACAACUACCACCGAAGAUUUAAUCGGGACGUAAGCCGCAACACUGAUUGCGUUAUCUGCAUGACUGCUAUUGAUCUCAGACAGCAUACCAGUGAUUUCAUGAUAACUCCAUGUGAACAUUUCUUUCAUUCGGGAUGCUUACAGAGAUGGAUGGAUAUAAAAAUGGAGUGUCCAACUUGUCGGCGUUCUCUUCCUCCAGCAUAGAGGAUGUUUUCAAUUUGUUAGGAUGUACAGACUUCACUCAGUUUAUUGCGGGUGGGGCUGGUUCUUUAAUUUCAGGUCCUGGCAGAGGUUUAGAAGAUUUUUAGAUGAAAACAGAGCAAAGGUGGAAUCUGUAACUGCGGCUAGAUACCGCGGAUAAACAUUGUGUUCUGUAUAAACUGUAUAACUUUACAAUCUUAGUGCAUAGUCUUUCACCCCACAACCAUAUCUUUCACACAUUUCUAGUUCUUUCAUUUUCUUUUCAUACAUAACAUCUUGUCAUUGUGCCCAUACGAGUGAAUCCUUAUGUGUCAGCUGGACCAGGAGCGAUGGAAGGUCCUGCGGUAGCUGGAGCAACCAGAGGAGCCAUGGCUGAGCAUUUGUGGUCAUAGCAGUCUAUGGGCUCAAGCACAGCAUCACAGACUUUUUGGCUCCGCUGAAGCGGUUUGUCAGGCAGACAGUUGUAGCGAUCAUCGAUGGCUAUUCCUCUGGAAGUCAGGUUUCUGCAGAUACCUUCUUCUUCACUGAAAUAGUUGUAAGAGAGGGUAACGUUCAGCAAGCUGGGCAAAACGCAGACUCCAAGAGGGACAGUGCCAGUGAACAUGUUGUGUUCCAAAUUCAGCUGCUCGAGAUGGCCUAGCCCAGCGAGACUGUAAGGUACAGGACCAACAAAACUGUUGUAGCUCAUGUCCAGGACUCUUAGCUUGUAGAGAUACCCGACUUCGGGGGGUAGACACCCAGAUAAGCUUGAGUUGACUAGGAGAAGCUCUUCCAAGGUAUCUGCAAAGCGGGCUAUGGUUGGAGGCAGACAACCGCUAAAAUCAUUGUUGGCAAAGACGACAACAGAGGCGGUUGUUCCUGUGAAAUCUCUAGGGAUAAGGCUUGUUAACCGGUUGUUGUUCACAAAAAUGGCAUCGAGGGGAUUGCUGAAGAGUUUUGGGGGCAAGGGGCCUUCAAACUCAUUGUAACGAAGGUCAAGGUACUUUAGAGAAGGGAGUGCAAGGACGACAUCCGGAAAAGGACCUACAAAGCGGUUGUUGCUGAGGUCAAGCUCAUAGAGUAACGAUAGAUUGGCCAACGAACGAGGAAGGAUGCCACAGAAGCGAUUGCUAUUGAGAUGGAUGAGAGCGAGGUCAGAGAGAAGGCCAAUGGCUUCAGGCAGGAAACCAGCGAUGUCACCAUGAUUGAGAUCGAUUCCGGCAACAACUAGAGAGUUUGGAUCGGAAGGAGAUGGGGCGCAGAAGAUGCCAGUGUAGCUGCAGACUGAGGGACCGACCCAAUCUGCAGUUAAGUUCUUUGGAUCAGAAUAGAUUACCUUCUUCCAUGCGUGCACGGUACGCUUGCUGAAGAUGCUGUUUAGGGUUUGCGGAGUGACUUGUAUGGUGGUGAAGGCUAUGCUUUGCGGUUGAUACUAAAGAGACAUGAAAAAGAAGAACUGAGAUAAGGACAGGAAAUGUUAGAGAGAGAGCCAUUGAAAGACAAGUUAUGGAUCCUUUGUCUUAAGUGUGUGGAUUUAUAUAGGGAAACAAUUAUCAGUUUUGGUCUUUGGACCAAUGAUUACAGAGGAUGAAUCAAGUGGUGGUAUAAGAUCAAGGAAAAGAACUCAACUCCUUACUUGUAGCUGUCUGGAGUGGUUUGAAGUGGGAUCUGAGACUGACACCUUUGAAGACCAAAUCUUAGUGUUGGACUUAGAUCACUUAUUCGCUUACAACCCAAGGAAACCCAAUCUAAUUAUACAAACUUUAGCCUAACCAUACAUUUAAGUUCUUUAGAUCUCUCAGCUUAUGUUUACUUUGAACUGAUAGUAUUAACUAAAACUGUUUUGUGGUUUUCUUUGUA